AUGUGCUUGGAUAGUUUGGCGUGUCAAAGUGAGGAAGUGAUGAGUAAAGAUCGUAAUCCUCAGAAAUUCUUAAGUCAAAGUUCAUUGGUGCAGGGAGGUGACAUCACACAGUCCAAAUCGGUUAUUAAUAGUCAAUGUGAUCAUAG